AUGACAGCUGGGAACGCGAGCUAUGUGUUACCGCCAUUCUUGAGCAAAACCUAUGACAUGGUUGAUGACUCUUCAACUGACGCGAUCGUUUCGUGGGGGAAAAACAAUAACACUUUUGUUGUUUUGAAUGCUACCGAUUUCGCUAAGUAUAUCUUGCCUAAGUAUUUUAAGCAUAACAACUUCUCCAGCUUUGUUAGGCAGUUGAAUACAUAUGGUUUUAGAAAGGUUGACCCUGACCACUGGGAAUUUGCGCAUGAAGGAUUUUUAAGGGGUCAAAAAGAGUUGUUGAAAACUAUUAAUAGGCGGAAAUCUACUCAAGCAAAUGGUAAUAGUCAACAACCGCCUAAGGUACAGGACGCACCUGUUGGGGCAUGUGUUGAGGUGGGGAAGUUUGGGAUUGACGAAGAGGUUGAAAGACUGAAAAGGGAUAAAAAUGUUCUUAUGACGGAACUUGUUAGGUUAAGACAGCAACAACAAACGACUGAUAACCAAUUGCAAACUGUUGGGCAACGUGUGCAAGUGAUGGAGCAGCGUCAGCAACAGAUGAUGUCGUUCCUAGCAAAGGCUAUGCAUAGUCCUGGCUUCAUGGCUCAAUUUUCACAGCAGCAGACUGAAAGUAAUAGACAUGUCACCGGGGGUAAAAAGAGGCGGCUCCAGAGGCAGGAAGAAGAAAACUUAGCCACCAAGAAUCUCCAUAAUCCUCUUGAUGGACGUGUUGUCAAGUAUCAGCCUUCAAUUAAUGAGACUGCAAAAGCAUUAUAUAACCAGAUGUUGCAAAUGAACAACUCUACAAGGACGGAGUCCUCCAUUAAGAACCCCGAUGCAUUCCUUAUUGACGAUACUCCUUCAGCCAUUCCGUUAGACAGCAGUAGUUCGUCCACCCAAGUUUCUGGUGUAACGCUUUCUGAGGUUCCACCUAUUUCUGGGCAGUCAUGUAUGGCAGUAGAAUCUCAAUUUCCUGUAGGUUGUAUGACUAAUAGCAUGUCUGAGGUACAAUCUUCACCUUCUGUGUUAACUGACUGUGUCAAAGCAGCUGAAUUUCCUGAAUUAACAGCACAUAACUUCCAAGACACUGUUUUGAAUUUUGGUGAAGUUCAAGGACUGGCUACAGAGAGCAGCUUCAUGAAUUCUAAUCAAAAUUUUGUGGGGUCUGUCACUGAGAAUAAUGAGGAACUGGAUGUGAUAUCAGCUGUUUUUGAUGGAACACAGUCUUUGGAAACUGAUGCUUUUUCUCCUGAUCCGAGUGGGAUUUCUAAACUUCAAGGAAUCAACGAAGAGUUCUGGGAUCUGUUUUUUAUGCCAAGCUCACUUACCGGAGACACAGAUGGAGUUAAAGGUAGCAAUCUAGGAUAUGGUUUGACCAAGGACCAAGAAUUUUCAUUAGAAAAAGAGAUUCCACAAGAAAAUAUGGAUAAGAAACAACAUAUGGACCAUCUUACUCAUCAGAUGGAACUUCUUGCAUCAGACUCGUCAUUGUGUAUAUAA